AUGUCAAAAUAUAGAAAAAAUAAUUAUGGUAAUAAAAAAAAGAAUAGAGGUAAAAAAGUUAUAAAAAGGGGUAAUAAAAUAUUGUAUAAUCCUUUAAAAAUCAAUCCUCAAAUAGCUAUUAUACCUGGUAUAAUUAAUAAACCAAAAAGAAUGAUAAAAAAUGGUAUAAGAAAAUUAGUUCUUCCAAAAGAUGUAAAAACAAAACUUUUUGAAAACCUUCGUGGGAAACAUGUAAAAGUAGAUCAAAAUCAAUUAGAUGAAUUAAUUAAAAAAGGAGUUGAUAUGAAUAUAGAAGAAAAUAUAUUAGGUUUUCAGCCUAUAUUAAUGUUAAAACAACGUUACAAAGAACUAUGUAAAAUAUAUUGCGAAGAAUUAUCUAAUUGUGUCAAAGGUGUUUGGUUUAAAGAGUGUCGUUAUGGAGCAACAUUCCUAUCACCAGGUCAUUUUUAA